UUUGAAGAAAAGAAAUCUGGAAAAGUUCAUAUUGAAAUAAGGUUUGAGAGAAGAGCUCACGGGGAUGAUGAUGCUUUUGAUGGAGAAGGAGGGACUCUAGCUCAUGCUUUCUUUCCAGUUUUUGGCGGGGACGCACAUUUUGAUGAGGAGGAGGACUGGACUGUAGAUACACCCAGUGGAACCAGUUUGUUAAUGUCUGCAGCUCACGAACUGGGGCAUUCAUUGGGGCUCUCACAUUCUAACGAUAGAUCAGCGCUAAUGGCUCCAUUUUAUAGAGGUUAUGAGAAAGAUGUCAGCUUGUCUAGCGAUGACAUUGAAGGAAUCGAAGCCCUUUACGGAGAAAAGACAAAGAACUCUGUGGAAACAGCAGUAAACGCUAUAGUAGAACCUCGUCAGAGAGAAGAAACAACUCGUAGAUCUUUCUUCCCUGAUCCUCCCUCGCCACCUUCAACUACACAACCUUCUGUAGACAAUAGAGGUUUGUGUGAGAGAGGUAAAAUAGACACAAUGGUUACUCUGCAGAAUGGAACAACUUAUGCUUUUCUAGGUAGGGAAUACUGGAGGCUGACAGAGUCUUCCAUUGCCCCAGGAUAUCCGAGACGUAUAUCUGAGGAUUGGGCUGGACUUCCCAGUGAUUUAGAUGCUGCAUUUACCUGGACUAACGGUAGAACAUACUUCUUCAAGGGCUCAAGAUAUUGGAGGUUCACAGAUGGAACUCUAGAUACGGAGUAUCCCAAGGAUAUGUCUGCAGGGUUCAGUGGUAUUCCAGAGAAUGUUGACGCAGCGUUUGUGUGGCCGGUCAAUAACAAAAUAUACUUCUUCAAAGGUUCUCAAUACUGGAAGUUUGACCCAGAGGGAGUGCCCCCGGUAGCGGACUCUUAUCCUAGACCAAUAGAUAACUGGAGUGGAAUACCAAAUAAUCUUGAUGCUGCAGUACAGUACAGUAAUGGCAAAGUGUACUUCUUCAAGAAUGGCAAAUAUUACAGAUGGGAUGACGACAGUUUCAGUGUAGAUGAAGAUGCGAACCCGGCAUUCCCGCGUGACACUGGUUUCUGGUGGUUUGGGUGCAAGAGCAGUCCACUACGAUUGAAUGAUUCUGAAGAUAUAGUAUGGAGUGGAGUGGACUAAAAUAUAAUAAUAUUAAAUGUGAUAAAUAUUAAAUACUCAAAGAUCUGUUUAACAAAAACGAAAUAGAACUUAUGAAAAAUUCUGCGUUCUUUUCAGAUUCCACAAUUAUUUAUUUCUGAAAUCUUUUCAGUAUAUAUAUGUAUUUCUAUAUCUAAAUGUAUCCUUAAUAAAUUAUCUAAAA